AUGGCGCGCUAUGGCGCGCUGCUCAUCCCCAUCAGCUUGGUCUGGUUCGCCUGGUCGAGCCAUUUUAUGGUGCUUUGGAUUGUGCCCAUCAUCGCAUCUUUGUUGUUUGGGACUGGCAUUCACAUCAUCAUCUUGAGUAUCCCGAACUACUUGAUUGAUGCCUACCAAGUUCAUUCUGGUUCGGCAUUUGCCAGUACGAUUCAAGUUGGAAACCUGAUUGGAGGAGGAGUUUCUAUGUUUGUUACACAAUUGUAUACGAAAUUGGGGAAUGAGUGGGCUUCAAGUCUGCUGGGGUUCAUUGCGAUGCUGUUGGUGCUAAUUCCAUGGAUUCUCUUCUAUACACGAUAUGUCAUCAGGAAGCGCAUCCCAUGA